AACAAUACAAGUAAACAGCACAUAUACAAGGAUAUGGAGCAGAAGACUACAGUGGACCCCAAACGUGUGGCAGCCUUCUUCCGGAGAACCACCACAGGACCUGUAUGCCGUGUUCAGUCUAACUUGGAUCUCGAGGCCUGGCAGCUCUCGAAGGCUUACUACACCCUCAUCACGUACCUUAACGAUGUGAGCUCCGAGAUACAGGGAAUACAGAACACCGAUACCUUCCCGAUCAGCCAGAACAUUCUUCGGGUGACAGCCAUAUUCGAAAAACUGGAUGCCCUGAUUCAAAGCAAUCCGCCAGCGCCAGUCGUCCAAGGAUCUGGCUUGGAUCCGGGUAACAAGAGCUUUAGGCGGUGGGCGCACAACAUGCUGAGAGAUAUCUACCAAAUGGUGGAGAAAGCGCUACCGCCCAGCAAAUGCAGACAUGUGAAUGAGUUGGGCUGGUAUUUGUCAUCGUCCUUCGGCAGCUCCACCAAAAUCGAGUAUGGAACUGGAAAUGAGCUGAACUUCCUUUUCUUCAUUUGCUCCCUUUUUAAGGCGGAGAUCCUAACCAGGGAGGAGGACUUGGCCGCCUCGGCUCUGGUCCUAUUUGAUCGGUACCUUAAGUUCGUGCGCCGUCUACAGGUCACCUACUCUGUGGUAUCAUCAAACUGGAAUGGAGGUUACUCCCUGGAUAAAUUUCAGUUUGUGCCUUUUAUAUGGGGAGUUGCCCAGCUGUGUUACGAAGCGCCCUUCUCACCGCAGAAAAUGCUGGACGAAGACACCAUUGCGAAGUACAGGAAGAAUUACUUGCUGAUUGAUUGUGUGGGACAUAUGGCUAACACAUACAUCGGCACCUUUGCCCGCCAUUCCAGCCAACUUUGGUGCCUGGCCGCCUUGUCCUCGUGGACGAAGAUCCAUCGCGGUCUAAUGUUCAUGUUCACGGAUGAUAUCCUCUUAGAAUUCGAUAUCCUCAGUGCCCUGCGAUUCGGUGAACUGAUGCCCUUCGAGGAAGACAAAUCUGGUCGCAAACUUGGCAACCCUCGCCUGGGAGUGAUAUCGCCUUUGCGUCGGCAAAAGGGAGAAAACUUACAGGAUAGGGAUCAGGAUCAAGAUAUAACCUCCAAAAGCAAUACUCCUUCGAUCUCUAAUAUAGAGCUAAACGGGAACGAUAAUAAGAAGGCAGAAGACGACCACUUCAGCGAAGUUAUGUCCAACAGCGGACUCUCCGUGGGCAGCGACUGCUCAUCUCUCAGUAACGUUAGUGUCCAUCUGCCCACUUGGAUAGAUGACGUACCAGGCGUUAGCAAGAACACGUUUAAAAAUAUAUAGCUUUAUGGUUUGUCAUAAAAUUAUGGGUACAAUUCAAAAUGUAACUCUUUAUUUUAUCAAGGAAAAUUAUGUGAUUACCAAGUGUCUCUCAAAAUGGAGAUAAGAAUAACAUUUUUAUUAUUAGUUA